AUGAAGACUGCCUCCCUCAUCGGCGGCCUUGUGGCAGGUGUUGCGUUCGCUCAUCCUGGUAUGGAUAUGAAGAAGCUGAUUGCUGAUGCUGAGCUCCAAACUCGCCAAUUCGGCGGUGGCCCCUCGACGGAGCUGAUCGGUGACCUCGUUGAGCUACGAGAACACGAACUCACCCAGACCGGAGCAGCGAUUAGGGAUAUCUUGAUCGCCGAGGCUCCCGGCGAGGACUUGGAAUCCUUUUACGACGAGUCUGAGCUCUCCCACAGGGACUCUGAUGAAUGCGCCAGCGAUGAAUGCUGCAUCUGGAAGCACAUUGCCAACGACAUGGCCAGGCAAAUGGUGGGAAACGCCGGUCGAUGUAACAGCGUCGCCCGCGGCGCCGUCCGUCUCGGCUUCCACGACGCCGCAUCUUGGUCCAAGGCGACGGGCGGCACCGGCGCCGAUGGCUCCAUCAUUCUUGCCAACGAGUGCAAGACACGGUCUGACAACAAGGGUCUCGAGGAGAUAUGCGACAUCAUGUCGGGCUGGUAUGCCAGGUACAAGAAAUACGGCAUCAGCAUGGCCGACUUGAUUCAGACAGCCGCCAAUGUUGGCACCGUUUCUUGCCCCCUGGGCCCUCGCGUUCGCACUUUCAUCGGCCGCAAGGACACAACCAGACCUGCAGUCAAGGACCUCCUCCCUAAACCAACGGACAGCUCGGAAAAGCUCUUCAAGAUCUUCGCCGAGAAGUCGUUCACGCCCGCCGGUCUCGUGGCCCUCCUGGGUGCCCACAGCACCAGCCAGCAGCGCUUUGUUGAUCCCGCACGCGCCGAGUCGCCCCAGGACAGCACGCCGGGAACUUGGGACAUCGCCUUCUACCAGCAGACGCUCAACCCAAACGCGCCUCCCGCUGUCUUCAAGUUCCAGAGCGACAUCAACGUGUCUUUGGACCCGCAGACCAACGAUGUGUGGAGGCUCUUCUCGUCGGGAUCGCGCGGCCAGACCGCGUGGGGCAAGGCCUACUCUGUCGAGUACGUCCGCAUGUCCCUCCUCGGCGUCAACAACAUCAACGAUUUGACCGAGUGCACAAAAGUCCUGCCACCUUUCCGUCCCGACUUCCAACAGCCUGACCAGGAUCUCCUAGACAAGGUCAUGGGGAGCGUUCUCAGCUCCGACAUCGUCAAGCAGGCCCUCGAGAGGGGCGACAAGAUCCCCCCCUCUGCGUUGUCGACUCCCUAG